CCAAUAGAUAGACCACAGCAAACAUGUUUGGAUGCAGCAGAGUCUGCUCGUGUGAGUACGUGUAGUGUUGUUUAGUGUGCAGUCAACCUGAACCAAAAUCACUUUUUAUACGCCAUUUUCAUGCCGUUCUCUCUAUUUACAAUGUACGUGGCCUAUAGUUUUUCAUAGAACUAUUGUCAUUCAUAGGCAAGGGUGCAGCAAUGGAGAAUCAACAGAAGAAGAAGCCGAUCAUGUUCAUGAUGUUGCUGGUUAUGUCUCUUGAAGGCUAUGCAGCUCAAAUGCAAAAUGACUAUCAUGCUUUGGUGGCUUUCAAGGCCUCCUCUGAUAAAACCAACAAGUUGGCUACUUGGACCCAUAAAAAUCCCUGCAGAAGAAGGUGGUAUGGAGUGGACUGUGAAAAUGGCAGAGUAGUGAGGAUUGUGCUUGAAAAUCUGGAGUUGGUGGGAUCUAUUCAAGCCCUGACAGCCUUAGACGAACUUAGAAUAUUGAGCUUGAAGAAAAACUCAUUCACAGGACCUCUUCCUGACCUCUCUAACUGGAGAAGCCUCAAGCUCUUGUUUCUCUCCCAAAACCAUUUUUCAGGUCCAUUGCCUUUGUCUGUCAGCUCCUCAGAUCAUUUGGUCAGAUUGGAUGUUUCAGGCAAUGAACUUAGCGGGCAGAUUCCUGUGACUCUUGCUUCUCUGACCCAUUUGCUCACUCUUAGACUUGAUAACAAUGAAUUUUCAGGUGACAUUUCAGAGCUUAUGCUGCCGACAACUCUAGAAGUAUUCAAUGUUUCAGGCAACAGAUUGAGUGGUAUUAUACCAGCAAGUUUAUCCAAGUUUCCAAGCUCUUCUUUUGGAAGCAAUGGAGGACUCUGUGGCAACCCUUUGUAUAGCUGUAAUAGUAGUAUUAGUAAUACUAGUAAUAGUAAUGCGGGCACAGAUGUUACUCCCCCAGGUGCUAACAAUAAGCCCUCCAUGAUUUCAAAUCCCUUGCCAUCACCGAAAACUACCCAUUAUACAAAACUGAGCAAGGGCAACAUUGUAGCAAUAGUGGUAGGAGAUGUUGCAGUUUUGUUACUCAUAGCCUGUCUUGUCUUUUGCUACUACUGGAGAAAUCAGGGCGAUAAAAACAAGGCGAGGGUCCCUAAGACUAAGGUUAAGCGGUCAUGCGAAAAAGAGAAGCCUGCCCAUGAUCUAAAUCAGUGUUCCAAUCAGCCCCAAACCAGUACAGAUAAAUGCAAGCUUGUCUUCUUUGAGGACAGAAGGCCCUUUGAGCUGGAGCACCUUCUUCGUGCCUCUGCAGAAAUGCUUGGAAAGGGCAACUUUGGCAGUGCUUAUAAGGCUAUCAUGGAAGAUGGGUCUGUUGUUGCGGUCAAGAGAUUGAAGGAUGUGCAUGGUGUUGGAAGGAAGGAGUUUGAGCAGCAUAUGGAAGUGGUGGGAAAGCUGAGACAUCAAAAUGUGGUGAAUCUGAGGGCUUAUUAUUAUGCCAAGGAGGAAAAACUGCUGGUCUAUGACUAUAUGCCAAAUGGAAGCCUGUAUGCACUUCUUCAUGGUAGUCGCGGCCCUGGUAGGACAGCCCUGGAUUGGACAACUAGAAUGAAGAUAGCAUUGGGUGCAGCCCGGGGCUUGGCAUUCAUUCAUGACUACUGCAAAUCACCCAAGAUAGGCCAUGGAAACAUCAAGUCUUCAAAUAUUUUGCUAGAUAGAAGUGGGAAUGCCUGCAUCUCAGACUUUGGACUUGCACUACUUGUGAGCCCAUCUGUUGCAGCUUUGAGAAUGGUGGGAUACAGAGCUCCUGAGCAGGCUGCCACCAAAAAGAUAUCCCAGAAAGCAGAUGUAUACAGCUUUGGAGUUUUACUGCUUGAAAUACUUACUGGUAAGGCCCCUUUUCAAACUCAGACACAAGAGGAAGGCAUUGACCUUCCUAGGUGGGUGCAAUCUGUUGUUAGAGAGGAAUGGACAUCAGAGGUGUUUGACAUAGAGUUGAUGAGGUUCAAGAACAUUGAAGAGGAACUAGUAAGCAUGCUUCACACUGCAAUGCUCUGCACCUCACAAUCUCCUCAACAACGCCCAAAGAUGAGUCAUGUGGUGAAAUUGAUUCAAGAGAUCGGGGCACAACAGUCUCCUAUGGAGGACCCAGUUCAUUCAAUAGCUGAAUCUCCUUCUGUAUCAGAAGACUCGGGAAUUAGGAGCAUAUGAUCUUCAAUUUUCCACACUAUCAUUGGAGAUACAUAGGGUCUCACAAAGUCCCCAUUGGAUUACAAUAGUGUUAUGGUUUUGCUAAACAUUUAUGCUCUUUCCAGAUGACUCAGAAGCGAAAGAGUUGAGAGUUCUUGCUAAAUCAGUAUGCUAGCUAGCUAUCUUUUUCAGACAUUUAACCAACAAGGCAAAGCAUACAUGUCUUCCAACCUUGCCACAUUUAUUUUUCUAUGUAGUCUUGAUAUGUAUGUGUUCAAGUUUAGAGAAUUUGAAAGGAGUUUUGAAUUUAUCUGUCAUGUGACAAGUGCUUUUGUAGUACUCAGGCCAUACAGGAUGAUGUCACACAGUAAUAUUUACUGUGACAAGAACAGAGUUUGGAUUUGAUGUAUUAGACUUGAUACAAUAGUUUUUCAACUUUUUCUCACUGGCUAAGUCAAUGUAAAUAUGAUGUGCUUUUUUAUUAAA